AUGGCAGAAAAAGCGUCAGAUAUCCCAGCAGAGACCGCUGCGGCGGAGAGCAUUGGGCAGAAGCGGAAGGCGGAGAUUGGGGCGGGCGGAAGCGAUCGGCGCGACGAAGGAGAUGCGCACGAGGCGAAGAGGCGAGACAAGGGAAAAUCAGUGGCGGCGGCGGACGCGAAGGGGAAGGGCAAGGCGGAGAGCGAGCGGCCCUCGCGCGCGCGCAGUAGCGAUUCUAGCGGCGGCGGCGGCGGCGGAAGCAGCAGCGAUGAUGGGAGCAACGGCGCGGCCGCGGCUGCUGUGAGGGCUUCGCGGGAUUGGCGCGCGGGGGAGGGGUCGCAAGGCGCGCCCGAGGGUGCGGAGGCGGACGCGGAAGAAGAUGCGGGGGAAGGCGCAGACGUGCGGAUAGUGGCGGAGCCGUGGGGGACAGUGGACCUAGAUAAUAUUGUGGCGAGUAGGACUCGCAGUGGGAGGGAGUCGAGGCGCACUGGCGUGAGGAUAGCGGAAGGCGGCGAUGGUAGUGGUGGUGGCGAUGCUGCUGCGGCGGCCGCUGUUGGAGUGGGCAGUGCAGGCGGAAGGAGUCAAGCGGGAAAGGAAGGGGAGGGGGCAGACGCAGAGGAGGAGGAUGAGGAUGAUGAAGAGUUUGAGGUGGACGAGGAAGAGGAGGAGGAGGAGGAGGAAGACGAUGAGGAGGAUGAGGAAGAUGAAUCAGAGGAGGAAGAUGAGGAUGAGGAAGAAGAGGGGUAG